UCCGGCCCAGCGCCUCCGUCCGCUGAGCGGUCCCCGGAGCGCGGCCCGGCGGAGCUCGCGGGCGCGGGGCGCGGAGCUACCGACGGCGCGGCCGCGCUGCCUGCAACCGCUCGUCCCUGCCAACCUCGACCUCGGCCCAGCCCGCGGGGACCACGAGGCCCCGCUCCAUCCCGCUCCGUCCCCACCGCGCCCCGCUCUGUCCCCACUCUGUCCCCGCCGCCGACACCCAGCGAUGCCUCCCGGUGCCGCCUGGGCGCUGCUCUUGGCGGCGGCCCUGUGGCUCGGGGCGCGCGGAGCGCACGGCGCGGUGGCGCUGACCGACUUCUACCCGUUCGGCGCGGAGCACGGAGACGCUGUCACCCCCAAGCAGGACGACGGCGGCUCGGGGCUGCGGCCACUCUCCGUGCCCUUCCCGUUCUUCGGCGCCGAACACUCCGGACUUUACGUGAACAACAACGGGAUCAUCUCCUUCCUGAAGGAGGUCUCUCAGUUCACCCCGGUGGCCUUCCCCAUCGCCAAGGACCGCUGCGUGGUGGCCGCCUUCUGGGCGGACGUGGACAACCGGCGUGCAGGUGACGUGUACUACCGGGAAGCCACCGACCCGGCCACAUUGCACAGAGCCACAGAGGACAUCAAACGCUACUUCCCCGAGCUGCCAAACUUCUCCGCCACCUGGGUUUUCAUCGCCACCUGGUACCGCGUGACCUUCUUUGGAGGCAGCUCCUCCUCCCCCGUCAACACGUUCCAGACGGUGCUCAUCACGGACGGCAGGUUCUCUUUCACCAUUUUCAACUACGAGUCCGUCACGUGGACCACAGGCACGCACGCCAGCAGCGGAGGUGAUGCCACUGGCCUGGGGGGCAUCGCGGCCCAGGCCGGCUUCAAUGCGGGAGAUGGGCGGCGCUACUUCAGCAUCCCCGGCUCGCGCACCGCGGACAUGGCGGAGGUGGAGACCAGCACCAACGUGGGCGUGCCCGGGCGCUGGGCGUUCAGAAUCGAUGAUGCCCAGGUGCGCGUGGGGGGCUGCGCCCAUGCAACCUCUGUGUGUCUGGCCCUGCGCCCGUGCCUCAAUGGCGGCAAGUGCAUUGACGACUGUGUCACCGGCAACCCCUCCUACACCUGCUCCUGCCUCUCGGGCUUCACGGGGAAGAGGUGCCAGCUGGAUGUGAAUGAGUGUGCUUCCCAGCCGUGUCAGAACGGUGGCACCUGCACGCACGGUGUCAACAGCUUCAGCUGCCAGUGCCUGGCUGGCUUCGGGGGACCCACCUGUGAGACAGCACAGUCUCCGUGCGACGCCAAAGCGUGUGCGAACGGCGGCCAGUGCCAGAUGGUCAGCGGCUCCGCGGUGUGCGCGUGCCCGGCGGGCUACACCGGCGAGGACUGCGAGACGAACCUGGACGAGUGCGCCUCGGGCCCGUGCCUGAACGGGGGCUCGUGUGUCGAUCUCGUGGGGAACUUCACCUGCCUGUGCGCGGAGCCCUUCGAGGGACCACGCUGCGAGACAGGAAGCACCCCCAUGCCCGACACCUGCCUCUCGGCCCCUUGCCAGAAUGGGGGCACCUGUGUGGAUGCAGACCAGGGCCACGUGUGCGAGUGCCCCGGAGGCUUCAUGGGCCCCGACUGCAGGGACAGGACCCCUGAUGACUGUGAGUGCCGCAACGGUGGCAGAUGCCGGGGAGCCAACACCACCCUCUGCCAGUGCCCUCCAGGCUUCUUUGGGCCCUUCUGUGAAUUUGAAGUCACAGCCACACCCUGCAACAUGAACAGCCAAUGCCCUGACGGCUACUGCAUGGAGUAUGGUGGGAGCUACCUGUGCGUCUGCCACACCGACCACAACAUCAGCCACUGGCCGCCCUCUGACCCCACAGCGCUGCCAUCACCCUGCGACUCGGACCCCUGCUUCAACGGAGGCUCCUGCGAGGCCCACGAGGACUCCUACACCUGCGAGUGCCCACGCGGGUUCCACGGCAGGCACUGUGAGAAAGCCCGGCCACGCCUGUGCAGCUCAGGGCCCUGCCGGAAUGGGGGCACAUGCAAGGAGGCAGGCGGCGAGUACCAGUGCAGCUGCCCAUACCGCUUCACCGGGAGGCACUGCGAGAUUGGGAAGCCAGACUCGUGUGCCUCAGGCCCCUGUCACAAUGGCGGCACCUGCUUCCACUACAUCGGCAAGUACAAGUGUGACUGUCCCCCAGGCUUCUCCGGGCGGCACUGCGAGAUAGCCCCCUCCCCCUGCUUCCGGAACCCCUGUGUAAAUGGGGGCACCUGCGAGGACCUGGGCACAGAUUUCUCCUGUCACUGCCGAGCAGGGUACACUGGACGCCGGUGCCAGGCAGAGGUGGACUGCGGCCCCCCCGAGGAGGUGAAGCACGCCACACUGCGCUUCAAUAGCACGCUGCUGGGCUCCGUGGCACUCUACUCGUGUGACCGGGGCUACAGCCCGAGCAGCCCCAGCCCCGUCCGGAUCUGCCAGCUGCAGGGCGUCUGGAGCGAGCCUCCCCGGUGCCACGAAAUUGACGAGUGCCAGUCCCAGCCGUGCCUGCAUGGGGGCUCCUGCCAGGACGGAGUCGCCGGGUACCUGUGCGUUUGCAGCCCAGGCCGUGAAGGCGCCCGCUGUGAGUUGGAGGUGGACGCCUGCGACUCCAGCCCCUGCCAGCACGGAGGCCGGUGCGAGAACGGCGGCGGGGCCUACCUGUGCAUCUGCCCAGAGGGCUUCUUCGGCCACCACUGUGAGACAGUGAGUGAUCCCUGCUUCUUCAGCCCCUGUGGGGGCCGUGGCUACUGCCUGGCCAGCAAUGGGUCCCACAGUUGUACCUGCAAAGUGGGCUACACGGGCAAGGACUGUGCCAAAGAGCUCUUCCCACCAACGGCCCUCAAGGUGGACCGAGUGGAGGAGAGUGGGGUCUCCAUCUCCUGGCACCCCCCUGAAGGCCAGGCCGCCAGGCAGAUGCUGGACGGGUACGCAGUCACCUACGCCUCCUCUGACGGCUCCUUCCGCCGCACUGACUUUGUGGACCAGAGCCGCUCCUCACACCAGCUGCGGGCCCUGGCGGCCGGCAGGGCCUACAACAUCUCCAUCUUCUCGGUUAAACGAAACACCAACCGGAAUGACAUCAGCAGGCCUGUGGCACUACUCGCCCGCACGCGACCCCGCCCUGUCGAGGGCCUUGAGGUCACCAACGUGACGGCCAGCGCCAUCUCCGUGCGGUGGGCUCUGCACAGGACCCGCCACGCCACCGUCAGCGGUGUCCGCGUGUCCAUCCGCCAUCCCGAGGCCCCAGAGGACCAGUCCACCGAUGUGGACAGGAGUGUGGACACGUUCACAUUUGGGGCUCUGCUGCCCGGAAGGAGGUACGCCAUCCGGGUGACCACCCUCAGCGGCCUUGGGGGGCAGGAGCACCGCACCGAGAGCCUGGCCUCCACCCCACUGCGUGUGUGGACCCGGCCUCUGCCACCAGCAAACCUGACCGCUGCCCGAGUCACGGCCACCUCCGCCCACGUGGUCUGGGAUGCCCCCACUCCGGGCACUUCCCUGGAGGCAUACGUCAUCAACGUGACCACCAGCCAGAGCACCAAGAGCCGCUACAUCCCCAACGGGAGGCUGGUCUCCUACACGGUGCGGGACCUGCUGCCUGGGAGGCGGCACCAGCUCUCGGUGACGGCCGUGCAGGGCGCUGAGGGCAGUGAGCUGCACAGCGAGCCUGCACACCUUUCUAUCAUGACCCCCCCAAGGGACAGUGCUGACAGACGCUGGCACCGGGAAGGACUACACCCACGGGUGCUCAGAAACAGACCGGCCCCUGGGCGCCUGCCAGAGUUGCGUCUGCUCAACGACCGAGGGGCCCCUGAAAUGCCAACCCAGGCCCCCAGCAGGUUCUCGGAGCUCGUGGACAGCAGAGGACGAGUGAGUGCCAAGCUCGGUGGCUCCCCUGGCCAGUCAGUCCCCGUGAGACCACAACCCACGGUGCUGGUGCAGCCAGAAGACGCCCUUGAGCAGGCCAGCCUGGCCCCCCAGCUUCCCGAACGUGACAGCGACAAGGACAUGGGAAAUGCCUCUGCAAACUGUACAGAAAACCCCUGUCAGAAUGGAGGCACCUGCGUGCCGGGCGCAGACGCCCACAGCUGUGACUGCAGCCCAGGGUUCAAGGGCAGACGCUGUGAGCUCGCCUGCAAGAAGCUGCCCCAGCCCUGCACUCGGCUGUUCUCGGAGACCAAGUCCCUGCCGGUCUGGGAAGGAGGCGUCUGCCACCACGUGUACAAGCGAGUCUACAAGGUGCACCGGGACGUCUGCUUCAGAGAGAGCUGCGAAGGCACCGGCGCCAAGAAAGCCCCACACAGGAAACAAAGUAAUAGCCCAACACUGAAGACAGCAUAAGUUCCCAAACCUUCUGGAAACUCCACCCCAUCUGACCCCAUCUCCCUAUACGUGAACGGCCCAAGUCUCCACGGUCACCUGCAAGACAGAGACCCCGAGGCCCCUCUACAGCCUGUGCCCAGCUUCCUACAGACCGAGCAUUCCUAUCAAUGUGACGCCCCCGGGCGGCCAGACAGCUCGCUGCUCACACCCACAUGCAGCCUGUGCUGCACGUCCGGGGAGGGAGGGGCCCGGGCCACGCGCAGCUUCACACGCCAGCCACGAUCACAGUGUGGCCAAGGAGCCUUAUUCAGAGGCCUGUACCGGCAACAGAAGAGUCCUGAAGCUAUGGGCUCACCCCACCCAGGCGGGACCUCGGGUGGGAAGCCCCAAGACAGCUGUGGCCUUGGGCAGCAGUCUGUCACACGAGAAGUCACUCAGAGGCAUCGCCCCACCUCACGCUCCAAAGACACCUGCCUGCCAAGCACACACUCUGAGGCCUGCAAGCCAUUCAGCACUGGGGUUAAGAACCCAUGAACAUGGUCUGGUUUAAAAUACUGAUAUUGCAAGGUACUGACCUGAAAGAAUAUCAUUUUUAUAAAGCUGCUCAGCAAACCCACUUCUAUAAAGACAACCCAGAAACCCCCCACCAGUUAGCAAACACCGGCCUUUAGAAUAUACUAACACUUGACACAGUGGAGGGGACACCAACAGGCGGGACACCGGACAGACACACACUCGAGGCCACCACGCAAGAACUCACGGCCUCACAGAGUGACUGGGCAGCCAGCACGCCUGCACGGGAAAGGUCAAGGGCGUCACCGAGUGGAGGAGCAGCCUGUGAUGCUGCUCAAAGGUCCCCCCACUGGAGACACACCCGUCCUACCUGCGUGCUGCCUCGGUCAGAGAAACAAGCUGCCGGCCUCUCCGAAGGGAAGGGCACCACCCUCUUCCCGCCUGUUUGUUUCUCUCCCAAGGAUUCCAGGUGCUCUUGCUAUACUCUGUCCCCUCACGGGUUUCUGAGACCUAGGAAGACGAGGUCUAAAACCAAACUGACAAGGACGCCCUGAGUGGCAGGGUCCUGGCUGGAGUCUGUCCCCUCCGUGGCUUCUCUCCUCUGGCCUCUGUAAGACAGAGGGCCAGGCCGGUCCUCUGGACGGAGACCCCCAAGUCCCACGCUGCCCGAAGCAGCCGAGCUGGAGCCCAGGCCACACGUCCCCAGGGGCCGCCUGUGCUGCGAAGCAGCAGCCGCCACGGCAGGAGCCCUGGAUGAGCAAGGCCAUCAGGGGAAGCCUCAGCGACACCCAGAACCCAGUUCCAGAUUCCAGUUCCAAACCAGAGGCGGGGUUCUCCCUCUGAGACCCACUGACUGACUGCACAGCAGAGGGUAAGGCAGGGAGCAGGCCACCUCCCUGGGACCCCUCACUGGGGAAGGCGAGGGCUCGUGCCCAUCACCGACCAGCAGACUGUGAAGGAGAGUGUUGGUGCCCAGAGGGAGUCAGACACCCAGCCCGCCACGUUUUCUGUGUGGGCCAGGCAGUGAAGAUUGCUGGCUUUGUGGACCAGGAGGCCUGUGUGCCGACUCAGCACCCCACGAGAGUGCAAACACAGCUGUACACGUGUGCCUAGACUGGUGAGGCCGUGCUCCAGUGAAACCGGAUUCACUAAAACAGGGCCACAUCCUCUGGGCCAUGCCUGGCUAACCUCUCCGGCUGCGGCCUUCUGCAGAGAAAGCCAUCUGGACAAGUCACACCAUGGCACUCAAGACCCUGCCUGGAGGGUUGUGGAAGUGCUCCAGGAACUGCUUGCAGGCACCUGGCUGCCCAGGCCUGAAAGACAAAGACGGACACCUUGGGUGGGCGAGGCCAGAGAUUUGGGAACCUCUCAAACCACAGCUCAGGCCACCCAGCCGCUCUAUGGCAGGCAGAUGCGUGCCACUGCCACACCCAUGGUCCAGCACCUUCUGAGCAGCUCUCCCUUCCCCUUGGCACGUGAGGUCACGGCCAAGGUCAGCCCAACCUCCACCUCCUAGGCACUGGAACUGGAGCCCCUGUGGGUCUUUACCGAUGCUGCCUGAGUCAGCCUUACAGCCACCAAAAGGGCUUUCCUCUCAUCUUUGUAAAAACAUUUUUUAAAUUAGAGUAUAUUUUAGACUUCCUAUUUUUAUUAGAAUUGCAUGGGCAUGUAGUAUCUGUGUAUUACACAAUUGGUCCUUUCCAGAAAGGACGGUUAGUCAUUUUGAGAAGUCUUCUACAGUACUCCAGAAUGUCCCUAACCUCAGGGCCACCUGAAGGGGAUGGCUGAGCUCCGUCAAGGGGCUCCAAACCACGACCGUGAACAUGGGCUGCUGACUCCUGCUGCAGCACUGGAACCUGUCACUGUGCAUCCAUGUAAGCUACAGCAUCACUAGCAGAUAAUGAGACCAAGUGACAUCACUGGAAAAGUGAGUGAAACUUUCUGCGACCACACUGACCCAAGCCCCUCAGCCAUGCUGAGGUGCUGACGUGCUCCAGAUCUGGGCUUAAAAGCGUUUGUUUCUAAAAGGCACAGCGUACUGGAUCCUGAGCGUGGUGCUAUGUGGCCUCACGACUCACCCACUUUGAUGUUGUACGAAUUACGUAUCCAGCGGAAAGACUUCCUGACAUUAAAGGAAACUACAGAUCACCUGGAAACAUUCCAAGGGAGCUUUCAAAAGUCUCCUUCAUAAAACACCUUCCUUGAAAACACGCACCGUCCACCCGAGCAAAUUAGGAACCAUGGAUCAGAAAACCAUUGGGCCUAAUGUUUAUUUCUGCCAAAAUGACAGGGAGUGACCACAAGCUUGAGUUAGCCACCUUCUGACCAGGCUGGUGACCUGACCAUCCAGUCAGGCAUCAGUUUAGGGUCCUGCUCAGUCCCAUGCUGGUCGCACAGAUAUCACAAAGUGACAUGAGAACACUGGCGCGUGGAGAAAUGUCCUUCUUCUCAAUAUUUUUUUACCAUGGCCAAGAAAAAGAAAGACAGAGUGGCCCUUUCCCCCACGGGGCACGGCUGUCACCAAGGAAAUGGAACUGCUCUCCCAUCAGGAGCCUGCUAGGCAAGGGCCACCGUGUCACCGACCCCCAGCACCUUCCCUUGGCUGGACCACCUCCCACCGCUGACCGGGGCCACAAUGUCUAGGUCAUGGGGCAGAAAUCCCCUGAGCUAUCUGUGUUUUGCAAACAAUGCCUUUCUUU